AUGGUCGACGCAUUUUCAAGGGUUGAAUCGGAAAGACUGAAAUUUAUAAGAUUUAACCAGGAUAAGUUAAGAGUUGACAUGUACAAGGGUAUCGAGGAAAGUAUUUUGAAGGGAGAUACGGAUGCUAGAUCCAUUGGCACGAGGGUUAUUCUACCAGGCAGUUUUACCCAAGGUCCAAGAUACAUGUUUAACAACUUUGUCGAUGCUCUUCAAAUAUGCAACUGGAUUGGAUUUCCAUCGUUGUUCAUCACUAUUACCUGCAAUCCACAGUGGCCAGAAAUUCAAAAGGCGUUGAACGGUACUAAUUUGAGACCUGAAGACCGUCCCGAUAUUCUUGCUCGAGUUUUUAAGAUGAAGCUCGACAGUCUGAUGUCAGAUUUGAAGAAGGGCAAAAUAUUUGAUCGCAUUAGAGCAUAUGUUUGCACAAUUGAGUUUCAGAAGCGCGGUCUCCCGCAUGCGCACAUAUUGAUUUGGCUUCACAAUGAAGACAAACCGAAGACAUCAAAAGACAUAGAUAAAAUCAUAUGUGCCGAAAUCUCAGAUAAGGUAACAGACCGAAAGAUGUACGAUUUGGUUGAGAAGUAUAUGAUUCACGGCCCGUGCGGUCUGGCCAAUCAAAACUCUCCAUGCAUGAAGGACGGGAUUUGCACGAAGCGAUUUCUAAAGAGUUUUGUCAACCGUACUGAGGCCGAUGCAGAUGGUUAUCCGGUGUACAGAAGAAGAGAAAAUGGGAGGACCGUGGUUAAGAAGAAAACAUAUCUCGUCAAUGGUUUCGUCGUGCCUUAUAACCGUGCUCUACUGAAAAAGUACAGAGCACACAUUAAUGUCGAGUUGUGCAACCAGAAUAAGUCGAUAAAGUAUUUAUUCAAGUACGUCAACAAAGGACACGAUCGGGUCACGGCGGCAUUUUAUCAAUCAAAUAAUCCAGGUGCACCUCCUGAAAAUCGCGAUGAGAUAAAGAUGUACUACGACUGCAGAUAUCUUUCGUCAUGCGAGGCUGCUUGGAGGUUAUUUAGCUUUGACAUUCACUUUAGAGACCCACCGGUGAUUAGGUUAAGCUUUCAUCUUCCAGACAGUCAGUCUUUUGUGUUUACAGAUAAUGACUCAUUAGUUGAUGUGCUGAACAGACCGACUGCGAAGCAAACGAUGUUCCUUGCUUGGUUCCAAGAGAAUAAGUUGUACCCUGAAGCUAGAAAUUUGAGGUAUGGAGAGUUUCCACAGAAAUUUGUCUAUAAGUAA